UGUUAUGGAUGGUCAUGCCGACAUGGACACCAAAGAGUCGCAUGGACUGUUUCAGUUUACAGGAUUUUCUGAUGAUUUGUUCAACGUUGAGCCUGCUCGACAGCGUCACUUUAUUGAUCGAACUUACGUUCCUACUGACACUAUUGAUGGGUGGUUCAAGCAAACUCCCAUCGAAGCUGCUCAGCACUUUAACACAAAACAUGGACCAACUCAUACACUCUAUACAAUUGAAUACCAUUAUGCUCAACACAACUACUCGGCAGCACUCGAUCUCUGUCAUCAAUGGCUGCAGUCUAAUGCAUCUUCAAAAACAUUGUUUAACCCGCGAGAUGUUUUGGAAAUCGCUGCAAGGUGCGAGAUGCGGACAGGUCGUCCCGAAAAAGCUUACGAGUUGAUGCAGCAAAUACCCGAAUCUAUGCAUGAUCCUUGUGUGUUGUUUCUAAGGGGACGAAUACUGUGUGCAACACAGAGGUUUAACCGAUCGCUUGUAUGCUUUUUAGACUACUUGAAUAUAAGGGGUGAAGACUAUACUGCAUGGACAGAGAUCUCUCAUGUAUGCUCAGCAUUGGCUCGAUGCAAAGUAAAACAGGUUGACGAGACCUUGUGCAACAACUGUGUUGGUAACAAUGAGGAUAUCUCGGAUGAAACUGUGAGUCAAGUUUUUCUAACGGCAUAUCUAUCUAUACAAAAAGCCUUGUACUAUCUUGAACGAUCACAUCGUAUCUUUUCCAGACCAGAAAACCCAUUUGCUAUGGCACAUUGGCGAACCGAAGUGGCUUGCAUCAAACAGAAACUAGACGAAUUAGUAUCAAUGCUUAAACAAAUGGGCCAGUAUGUAGAUGAAAACUCCUACAAGAAUGCAACGAUUGACCAAGAUAAACUUGCAGAGGCAGGAUUGGAUGAAAAUGUCAUUCAUCGGCUCAUGACUAAACUCGUGGAAACUAAAUCUGCAGAGCAUGAUGCUGUCAAUGCAGUGAGCAGUUGA